AUGGGAUUCAAAAUAGUACUUUCGAUUAAGAAUUUGUUUUAUUUGGCUACUUUAGGUGGUGCAAGAGUUUGUAAUCUUGAAGAACGAAUUGGUAACUUUGGAGCUGGUAAAGAGUUUGGCGGGAUUAUUGUUCACGCCGGAGUUUCCUUUGAUGUGAUUGAAAAGGUUGAAGAUGAUGAAUUCAUUCGAUUUGGAUUUGAAGAGUAUCAGGAUCGUUGUAAUCCGAAUUUUUUUAUUGAUGAAUUUGAAAAAGAAAUUCAAUUGAAUGAUUUGUUUGAAAAAUUCUUGUUUACUGGUGAUGAUCGAAAUAUUGCAAGUGUAACUGUUAAAGGAAAAAUCCUAGGCGGUGCAAGAAAAAAUUGA